UAAUAAUAAAUAAUUUUAGAAUAUUAAAAUGAUUAAGAAACAGCUUAGACAGAAAGGUUAUAGGAGGGCGUGAUUGGCAAAGACCCUCUUGGUUAUGGUAGUGCUUGGGCUCGUAGAAGGAUUUCAUUAUGAGUACAAGUUUAUAGCGGUUAGGCCAGACCAGAGUGAGAUAUAUGAGCAAGGAGGAGAUCCAGCUGCUCCUCAUUUUUAUUCUGAUGGCAAUAAUGAUCCAACACCUAUCCCGCAGGGAUUAUAAUUUUUGAAGCCGAUCAUUAUUUGAACUUAUCACAGCCGUUCAGCGUGUCUACAAGUUCUUUCUCAUUAGAGAUUUGGUACUACAUGUUCAGUAUUGAUGAGAUCUUUUUGUCCACAGGAAGUCUUUACGAUACCUCCACUAGCACUUCUACAAGACUAAUCAUAAGAACUAUCUCCACUGAUAACAGAGUUCGGGUGGCUCAUUUGCUCUCCAAAAAUGAAAUUCCAGGAAUAGCGAUCGGGUGGAACAGAGUAGGAACAGGCCAAACUUCAACAACCAUGAACUCAUUUCUUCAGAAUAAUAUUAAUGGUACCUCUUAUGACUCUGGAAAAACUUCAUUUUGUGUCGAACCUUUCACAUUUAACUCUAUUGGCUGAAUGAGGUGAAAUGUCCCAGUAGUUAUAAUUAGUUCGUUCAUUGUCAGGGACGAUGCCUCUCUUGGACACCCAAAUUCGGGAUUCGCGUUUAGUUUUGUGAUGAAUACUUGUGGAGAUGGGGUUGUUCUGAGUGCAAAUUUUGAGCAAUGAGAUGAUGGGAAUACGGAUGAUACUGAUUCUUGUACAUCAGGGUGCUUGUUUCCAGAUUCUAACUGAAUUACAAACCCAGUAGAGUGAUCAGCAAGUAUUUGAGGGGAUGGAAUAAAAGGCCAAAAUGAAGAUUGAGACGAUGCAAAUUUGGAUCAUGGAGAUGGUUGCUCUGAUCAAUGUGUUAUUGAAUCUGGUUACUCGUGAACAGUUCAUGAAUCUGCAUCUAAGUGAGUACAGAUUAUGUGAGAAGUGACUGAUUGAAAGGUUUGUAGUGAGAGUGAUGGUGAUGUGUGAAUACAAUGAGAUACAUUCUUCAAACUAUCGGAAAAUAGAGGGAUAUGUGAAUCUGAAAUAGAAUACGAGGUGUCAGCCUCAACCAAACAAAUGUCCUCUAGCUCAACAGCUGCCUCAGGAAUCGGUGCUGGAGCUGUCAUUGGUGUAUCCUUACUCAAUCUGUCAUCGUUAGCUGCCAUCUGGUCUCUUGUCAACCAAUACCAGCUGUUCAUUUUACUGUUGUUGACUCAGACACCGUUUCCUGGUGACGUCAAAGGCAUGAUACUCGGAAACAGUCUCAUGACUUUCAACAUUACACAGUACAUGCCUGUGAGACACAUUCCGAAGAUGGACUCACUGAUGGAACAUGUUGGCUUCGAACAACAGAACAUUCACUUGAAAACAGUCGGAGUCAACACUGGAAGUGCAAUUAGCAACAACAUUGGGUUCUUGUUGACACUUGCAUUGUUCGUGUGUUUGCAUCCUUUGGUGCUGCUUUUGAAGUGCUGCAUUAAUUAUGAGAAUGACAACAAGUGAAGCUUCAACUAUCUGAUGAUUCUGACUGUCGACUUGUUCACAUUUACGAUUUAUGUGCGAGUGUGUAUGGAGUCGUUCCAGCUCUUGCUGCUCACAAGCAUUUCUGAGCUGCUGCAAGCAAACUUCGGAGGAGCCGCGCCUGUUAUAUCGUUUACAAGCUCUUUAUUGAUUCUGGGAGUAUGAGUAGGGCUGAUGACUCUGGCACUAUACAUGUUCUGGAUAACAAAGGACUUCUAUGACCCAGAUCGUUACUACAAACUGGGCGAGUUCUUUUCAGGAGUCAGACUGAACAAGUAUGCAAGACUUUACUCAUUUCUCAGAUGCUUCAGAAAAUUGUUUAUAAUUUUAUGGCUUCUUAUUUGAAGUUUCCUCGAUUCUUGGAUUCUAUGAGUAGGCUUUCUGGUCCUCCAACUAUCUUACUUUAUUAUUAUCAUACUCUUGAAACCUUUUGACCGCGUAGAAAAUAAUAUCAUUGAAAUGAUUAAUGAAGUCAUAUUUACAUUAUUAAUUGGAAUUUGCAUUAUUUUUGAUCAAGAUCAAGAGUGGACAAGCCUCCCAACAAACCUAUUCAAUUACACUAUCCUAUCCAAUUCAAUCAUCAUCACUCUUGUCAUGAUCGGAGCCUUAAUAUUCACAAUUUGCAAAAAAUGCACAAAAGGAUCCUCCAAAGCAUCAAAAAUCCGUCCAGAAGUGCUCAAAAAAGACACAAACUUCACAAAAUACACAAACAACGAAUCAGAACUUUCCAACAUAAGACUCCAAAACUCAACCCACCUAAAAGGAGUUCCCCAAAACACCCCCAUCUCCUCUCUACCCAAGAAUCCACCCCACAGCCCUCGUGAAGAGAUGAAGUUUUAGCUACCCUAAAAUAUCUGCCUGUGUGUAUUUUA